UAUUAUUAUUAUUAUUAUUAUUAUUGCAUUAUCCAUUUCGCCUGGUCUCUUUCAUUACGAUAUAUGUGGUGAAAUGUGAUUGGAUAUAUUUUUCCCAAAUCAGUUGAAAAAAAUCAAGGGCUAUAAAUGCGGUGAAAUAUAGGGUGUAUUUAUGUUUUAACGCUAUCUCGAUAUCAUGGAUUUCAUUUAUUGCGGGGGUGGUGUAGAACGUCGCCCCGCGAUGAAGGGGAAACGUUCGCCCCCAGCGCGGAUGAGGGGAAGUGCAGCCGUGACAACGGCUCGUAGGCUUCCAAGGCCGGAUGGACUGGAGCAGCCAUUGGGGAAGUCUUGUACUGCACUGAGUUUUCACAGGGGCUGGCUCUCUCUCCCUGAAUAAAAUCGUCAAAACUUUGAAAAUUAAAAAGAAAAAAAAUCGACGAGGAAAGACCUCUCCACGGCAGGAGAUCCCCCAGUGCCUCAUUACCGGAACUUGAAAACUCCCAGGACUUCUUUUGGAGAGAGGCAAGUCGGGAAAGGCGCACAGCGGAAAAGCAGCACCACCACAACUGAGCUACUAGCGCGGCGCUAAGCGGCACUGCUAGCAGGCAGCAAGAAGUGCCAAGUACCGCCUGGCAGCUGCCAACUCGCUUCCCCACAUCACGGAGCUUGAAAUCCAGUCAGCGGGCCGGGCUCUGAGAGAAUCCAGGAACUUGCUUCAUGAAUUAUGUCUGCCACAAGCAUUGACCCUCAGCGAUCAAAGGGACAAGCUUCUAAAGUGCAAAAUGGUUCGCUGCAUCAGAAGGAGACAGUCCAUGACAAUGAUUUUGAGCCGUACCUCACCGGUCAGUCAACUCGGAACAACAGCUACCAGUCCAUCACCGAUCCUUACCUGUCCAGUUACUACGCUCCUUCCAUCGGUUUUCCUUACCCACUCAGUGAGGCUCCUUGGUCCACAGGCGGGGAUCCUCCAAUUCCAUACCUCACCCCCUAUGGACCCUUGAGCAAUGGCGACCAUCAUUUCAUGCCGGACACGGUUUUCGGCCAGCCGGGCGGCCUGGGAAGCAGUGUUUACCCUCACAGGUUUAAUUUUUUCCCCGAAAACCCAGCCUUCUCCGCUUGGGGGACGAGCGGCUCCCAGGGCCAGCAGACUCAAAGCUCAGGCUACGGUGGAAGCUACAGCUAUCCGCCCAGCUCUCUUGGAGGCACGAUUGUGCCUGACGCGCAGACGGGUUUUCACAGUGACACGCUCAACAAAGCCCCCGGUAUGAACAGCCUGGAGCAGGGCAUGGUGGGUUUGAAGAUCGGGGGCGAUGUCAGUGGCCAGGCGUCGGCGGUCAAGGCAGUGGGCUCUGUAAUUGGUGGGGCCGCCACGGGGAACGGAGCCACGCCCAUCGGAAUGCCCCCACCCAAACCCACCUCCUGGGCAGCCAUCGCCAGCAAGCCGGCCAUGCCGCAGCAGCUGAAAGCUAAGGUAAAGCCGGGGCUGACCGCCCUGGGGGGGGCCCUGCCCCCACCGCCCAUCAAACACAACAUGAACAUUGGCACUUGGGAAAAGGGACCCGUGACCAAAGUGGCCAUGGCUGCGCUUCAGCAACAUCAACAUCAACAGCAGCAGCAACAGUCUCAUGGUCUGCCUCAUGCCAUGCCCCAUCAAGCCCCCAUGCAGUCUGCCCCUCCCCCAUCACUGGUGCAGCCUCAGAUGCAGCCCAUGGGCUUACAGCACCACCCGCCGCCCACUCAGCCCUACCAAAACCACGGCCAUCCCCCGCAGGCCCAAACCCGUUGGGUAGCCCCACGCAACCGCAACCAAGUCUACGGGCAGGGAGGUCCCAGCCACGACUGUAGCGGGAUGAUGGGUCUGCUCGGUAGCGCAGGCUGUGGCCCCCAGACUUGUGCCAGCCAGGGACCUGGUGGCGAGUCCCACCCAGUGCUGGAGAAGCUCCGUGCCUCCCACAGUUAUAACCCCAAGGACUUUGAAUGGAACCUGAAGAACGGGCGGGUGUUCAUCAUUAAGAGCUACUCCGAGGACGAUAUCCAUCGCUCCAUCAAAUACUCCAUCUGGUGCAGCACGGAGCACGGCAACAAGCGAUUGGACUCGGCCUUCCGCGCCAUGAACGGCAAAGGCCCCGUGUAUCUGCUCUUCAGCGUCAAUGGCAGCGGCCAUUUUUGCGGCGUGGCCGAGAUGCGUUCGCCAGUGGACUACGGCACCAGUGCAGGUGUUUGGGCACAGGACAAGUGGAAAGGCAAGUUUGACGUGGACUGGUUGUUUGUUAAGGACGUGCCCAAUAGCCAGCUGCGUCACAUCCGCCUGGAGAACAACGACAACAAGCCGGUGACCAACUCGCGCGACACGCAGGAGGUCCCUCUGGAGAAGGCCAAGCAGGUGCUCAAGAUCAUCACCACCUACAAACACACCACCUCCAUCUUUGAUGACUUUUCUCACUAUGAGAAAAGACAGGAAGAAGAGGAGGAAGUGCGCAAGACGUUUGAACCUGCUCCGACUCAGAGCCGCACUCGCUUGGAUCAGGAGCGCCAAAACAGGAAACAAUAGCGGACGUUUAUUUUUGGCUUGGUCAAGUUACACUAGGACAUGAUUGAUUUAAGAGACGGAAGAUAUGAAAUGCAAACAAAUCCUUUGAUUUCUUCUUCAAUUCUGGGAUUAUCUUUUCUUUUUUUCUUUUUUUUUUUGGCCGUCAAUGAAUUUGUUCUUCCUUUUGCCUGUGUACCCUCUACCCCUCACGCAACACUUCUUGUGCAGGGAUUGAGUUGAUUUUGUGUAUUAUGAAUUACUCCACCCACUUUAAAAUCUAUUUUGUCGAAAACAAAAUAUAUAUUUCCUUAACAUCUCGCCAGACUGGUUGAGUUGUUUCCUGCGCCCACUAUCUCCUCUUAUCUGAUCUCCUCACCUUCAUCAGGGUUUGAUUGUGUCAUCCCAGAAUAAAUCUGCCACUUUAUUUUUCUGCACAAUCAGGAAUGGCCAUGUCCUAUCGCUAUUUGCCCACGUGGGGGCAGCGUUGGCAAGUUGUCGAGGUAUAACCACCAACAUGGAUGGAACGUCCUAAAGGCAACUUGGAACUGUGCGAUCAUAAAACUUCGCUGAUUUAAUUUUCAUUCAGAUUGACAAAUUCUCUAUAUUUUUAUGUGUGCUACUGACAACGUUAAUGUUGGUUUUCUGGAGCCAUAGGUUGUUUUUCUUCCCACAAAUUGAACUAUAAACGGUGACACUGCUGGAGAAAUCAGGGAUCGUGUGACAUCACACAAGACUUGAGACAUUUCAGAGGAGGAUUCUGGGAUAGAACUUUAAAAAAAAUCCUCCAAAAACAAGGACCACGAUUUGCCCUUUUAACAGACAAACAAAAAAAAUCAUCAAAAUGUAUUGUCCACAUCAUGCAUCCACUUUUACAAUCAAACUGUCGAGCUGUCGUUGCUUUGUGUUUUGCGCCAAGAAAUCUGUCACUAUUCUGUCUUAAUCCUCAUGUGCUGUUUUUUUUUUUUGCCCCCCUAACAACUCCCACCCUGAGUUAGCCACGUCUCAUUUGACUGUCAUGCUAAGCUUUAAUGUAGGAGCCGAUAUAUUCAUGGAGGAGGCCUCAAAAUUUAUAACCUAUUCAUAAUAAUUGUAACUGCUUUUCAUUGAGUAAGAAAAGGAAAAAAUUAAUGAAAAAUGGUUUGACUUUUUGUUCAUUGCAGGCCUAAAAUCAUUGUGUCCGACACAUGAUGCAUCUAUUCUCAUGACAAAACUUGAAUACCCAGUCACCAAAAGUGCGUGUGUGCGUGCAGUUCGGCCUGCGCAUGCCGAACUGGAACAUGGCCAGUAUGCCGCUCAGUAGGCUGGUGAUCAAAGGUGUGAAACGAUCGCUCGCUCGUGAGCCAUCUUCACUUGAAGUGAAUUCCUAACACUUUACGUCUCACUUUUGUGUUUAAACCCAUGUCUAAAUCGGAAUCAAUGCACAUUCAUUGACGGCUCUAAAUGAAUUUGUGUCUUAAAGGGGAGUUCAAGUAUGUUCUAUCUGCUUCCACUAGUCUAAACACGGAAUUCUGAUUGAUAUUGCGUUUGUGGAAAGAUAAUCCACGUUAUCACCCAUUUUUUUCCUGUACCGCCAUCUGCUGUCGACUGAAAUUGUUGUCCAAGUGCCUUCUACAUGCAGCCAGUCAUGCUUGACCUGUUUUCCCGAGUUUGGUCACGUGAUGUUCGCAAAGCAAGCCCGUGGGCACUCGGACGUCAAUUUCAGUCGACAGCAGACGAAUUGCCCCCCAAGAUAAAUGAAAAUAGAUAAUUGUCUACAGUCUUAUUCCACAAUAUUGACAAGAAUGCCAUGUUCAGACUAGUGCGGGCACAUACCUCGCAAAGAAAAUGUUGUCUUGAGUUCUCCUUUUAAGCACAGACAGUCGUGUGCGUGCCAGUCACACUGUGUUGCUAGAUCGUACGAACGUAGUCAAUUUAUUCUCAUGAGUCUGUUGUGGACUUUUGAUGCUGCAACACAAUUUUGUCUGCCUGACAAGUCUGGUUUCCAUGGGAACUGACCUCUUGACAACAUCCCCCCAGCCCACGUCCUGUCGCCACUUUGCUUGACUGAGCUGUAUAUUGAAAGGCCUUCAAAUCUUAGCUUGUCUCCAUUCGAGUGGUCGGAAAAAGUGAGGGGUGUUGUUUUUGUUUUUACUGGUAGCAAGGGUCAAUCACAGAGGUCCGCAGGUGCUUGUGUUGAUGUGUUACCGGAUUGACGUGCACGUUAGCGGCAAACAGCAGAGCAGUGUGAUUACUAGCCAUGAACAGAUGUAUAACAUUAAAUAGGAAAUUAAAAUUCUCUACACCACAGUAGUCAUGGAAAUAUUGUUCAACAGAUGGGGGGGGGGGGGGGGGUUCUCGAUAGAAGAAAUCAAGCCUUAAUAAAUUGCCCAUUCAAAUUAAA